AAUAAACAAGAUUGCACAACGUAACUUGUGUCCAGCAAAGAAUCAUCCGCAGCCAUUUGGGAUUGAAGGGGAAGAAAGGGAGUGGGGGACUACCCUUCUCUCUCUGUUAAAAUCUCUUUUUCUCUCUCCAAGUUUUCUCCUCUUUAACCUUUUCAGAAUGAUUUUCCCCCAAACCCCUAGAAUGAUUAGAUUAGAAGGUAGGAAUGUGAGUGACUGAGGAAAGCUCGCAAGGGAGAAUUAGAGAGAACACCUACCUCUCUCUCUCUCUCUCUCUCUCUCUCUCUCUCUCUGUGCUUCCCCUGUUUUAAUUUCUUCUUCUCCAAAUAAAACAUAAACUUUUGAAAACCCUAGCAUCGAAGUAAACACAUUUUUCCAUUAAUUACUUUGCUAGCCGCUAAACUAUUGCAUAUAAAGACAUCACAUUUUCCCAAGAUUUGCAGCUUCCAAAGUGAGCUGAGCAUUGAAGAGGAAGACAGGCAUAUCUAUCUAUCUAUCUGGAUUUCCAUUUUACAGAGAAGCAAACAACAGCAACCAUAAACCACACACCAUUAUUGCUUUAUCCCCCUCCAAGUAUGCUUCCUCACACCUACAUUCUCUUUUUCUGCCUCUUAACCUCUCUCUAUCCCCUUAUUAGAGCCACUUUCAAUCUUACCCUCCCUCAUCAGCACCCCAACCCUGAAGCUGUGGUUCAAGAAGUACAAAGGAAGCUAAAUGAAUCUAUAUCCAGAAGACACAUGCUGUCGACGGGGUCCCCUUCGUCGUCGUGCCUCACCGGGAACCCAAUCGACGACUGCUGGAAGUGCGACCCAAACUGGGCCAACAACCGCCAGAACCUAGCCAACUGCGCCAUUGGCUUCGGCUCCCACGCCGUCGGCGGCAAGGGUGGCCAGUUCUACGUCGUGACCGACUCCUCCGACCAUGACGCCGCCAACCCGACGCCCGGCACCCUCCGCCACGCCGUCAUCCAGACGGAUCCCCUCUGGAUCGUCUUCUCGUCGAACAUGAUCAUAACCCUCAAGCACGAGCUAAUCGUCAACAGCUACAAGACUAUCGACGGGCGUGGCGCUCACGUGCGGAUUACGGGGGGCGGGUGCAUUACGCUCCAGUACAUUAGCAACGUCAUAAUCCACAACAUCGAGGUCACCCACUGUGUUCCAUCUGGUAACACUAACGUACGGUCGAGCCCAACGCACGUUGGGUGGAGAGGCAAAUCGGACGGUGAUGGGAUAUCCAUCUUCAACUCUCGCGACCUGUGGAUCGACCACUGCUCGCUGUCGUACUGUGCGGACGGUCUGAUUGACGCGAUCAUGGGGUCGACGGGGAUAACGAUAUCAAACAGCUACUUCUCGCACCACGACGAGGUGAUGCUGUUGGGGCACGACGACAAGUACCUGCCGGAUUCCGGGAUGCAGGUGACCAUAGCCUUCAACCACUUCGGUGAGAAGCUGGUGCAGCGUAUGCCUCGGUGUAGACGCGGCUACAUACACGUGGUGAACAACGAUUUCACCGAGUGGCAGAUGUAUGCUAUCGGCGGUAGCGCUAACCCCACCAUUAAUAGUCAGGGGAAUCGCUAUACCGCCCCGGUGGACCCUAACGCCAAAGAGGUGACGAAGCGCGUGGACACGGACGAGGGCCAGUGGUCGGACUGGAACUGGAGAACGGAUGGGGACAUAAUGGUAAAUGGAGCAUUCUUCGUGCCAUCUGGUCAAGGGCUAAGCGCCCAGUACGAAAAGGCCUCCAGUGUCGAGCCCAAGUCCGCUGCGCUCGUGAGCCAGCUUACAAUCAACGCUGGCGUCUUCGGUCAGGCCAGGGAGAACAGCGUGAGCAUAUCGUACCCUGGAUUCAGUGGCGGUGGCGGUGGGACCAACACGGGCAGCUCCGGAAAUGGGAACGGUGCGGGGUCCAGUGGCGAUGGCGAUGGCGACUACUUUGGAAUGAUAUUCGGGAGCGGCGCGCCACCAACAGCUUUGUGUACAACCACCACCACCACCGUCCUCUUAUCUCUUUUGAUUAUCUUGACUUUAUGUAUUAGCACCAACCAUGAUGGUCUAUUAUUAUUGUUACAAUUAUUAUAGUUAUGAUAGAGAUAUUUGGAAAACGAGGAAAUUGAAAUUGAAGGAAAUGGAAAUUUCAAAAUUCGAUUCA